AUGUCAAAUCCAUCCACUGCUACCACCAAUACCGCUACUGCUACACCAACUUUACCCAAAGAAGAUGACCUAUAUCCACUAGCCCUAUUAAUGGACGAACUAAAGCACGAUGAUAUUGCCAAUAGAGUUGAGGCAAUGAAAAAAGUUGAUACCAUAGCCAUUGCUUUAGGACCAGAAAGAACAAGAGAUGAAUUGAUUCCAUUUUUAACAGAAGUUGCGCAAGAUGAUGAAGAUGAAGUUUUUGCUGUAUUAGCUGAAAAAUUGGGUUCAUUUGUUCCGUAUGUUGGUGGUCCCAAAUAUGCCACUGUAUUAUUGCCUCCCCUAGAAAUAUUAAGUGCUACAGAAGAGACUAUUGUUAGAGAUAAAGCUGUUGACUCCUUAAACAGCAUAGCCCAAGAACUAUCAGAAGAACAAAUUUUCCAUGAUUUUGUUCCAUUGAUUGAACAUUUGGCCACUACAGAGUGGUUUUCUUCUAAAGUUUCCGCCUGCGGGUUGUUUAAAUCUGUCAUUGUUAGGGUCAAAGAUGAUAAAUUUAGAAAAGUUUUGCUACAGUUGUUCUACAAUCUAGUUUUGGAUGACACCCCAAUGGUUAGAAGAGCUGCUGCUAAAAAUUUACCCACCUUAAUCGAUUUAUUGACACAAAAUAUUCGUUUGUCUACAGAAGACGAUUGGGAGUUUAUUUCAAAUAUGUUUCAAAAGAUUGUAACCGACAACCAGGAUUCUGUCAAGUUUUUGGCUGUUGAUGUUUUAAUUUCCAUUUUGAAAUUUUUUAAUACCAAAAAGGACUACACUCAUCUACCAGAUCUCUUACAUUCUGCUAUACAACUAAUUACUGAUGAAGCUUGGAGGGUUAGAUAUAUGGCAGCCGAUAGAUUCAUUCAAUUAGCAACGGAAUUUGUUGAACAACCACAAUUACUCCAGCAAUUUUCCCAACCCUUUUUAUCUUUGUGCGAAGAUAACGAAAGCGAUGUAAGAAAAGCUAUUGCCAAACAGGUACCAGGCUAUUCUAAAUUAAUAUCUAAGAGUGAUAAAACCAUUGUUUUGGAAAAGAUUUUCCCGGCUAUCCAAACCUUGAGUAUGGAUGAAAACGAGACUGUUAGAACUUCCUUAGCCUCUGAAAUUACUAACAUGGCAGAAUUAUUAUCCAAACAGGAAUGUAUUGAUCAUUUGAUCCCAAUAUUGUUAAAUAUGUUGAAAGAUGAAUGUCCCGAUGUUACGCUAAACAUCAUUUCUAACUUAGAGGUGGUUAAUAAUGUGGUUGGUAUCGAUAUUUUAUCUGAAAAUUUGUUACCUGCUAUCACAGAUUUAGCUAUAGAUGUUAACUGGAGGGUGAGAAUGGCCAUUAUUAAAAAUAUACCAUUAUUGGCAAAGCAGUUGAGCGUGCAAUUUUUCCAAGAACGUUUAAGUAAUCUGUGUUUAUCAUGGUUGUGGGAUUCGGUUUAUUCGAUUAGGGACGCUGCCGUUGAAAAUUUAACUAAAUUAACGGAGAUUUUUGGUUCUGAUUGGGCCAGAGAUGAAAUUAUUUCCAGGUUGUUGAAAUCGAAGUCGCAAUUGCUAGAAAAUUUUGUGUAUCGUAUAACCCUAUUGCAUGCAUUAACUGGAUUAGUUCCUGUUGUCGAUUACGAGGUUGUAAUAGACAAGAUUUUACCAUUUGUUAAUCAUUUAAGUCAGGAUCCAGUCCCAAACAUUAGAUUCAAUGUCGCCAAAUCUUAUGCAAUGAUUGUAGAAAGACUUGAUAAAGAUAAAUAUAAAGAUUUGAUUGAUAAUACCAUAAUUCCUAAAUUACAAGAACUAACCGAGGAUCAAGACCCAGACGUUAAGUUUUUUGCAGAUAAGAGUUUAAAAAAAGUUAAGAAGUUAAUGGAGUGA